UCCUUUACUCUACAUGUCUUCUUACCAUGUACUUGUACCAAUCCACUGCCAUAUUAUCAAAAACAGUCUAUCCAUGAAACUAAACUCCGCGCCAUAUUGUCAUGGACCCAUCCAAUCUAUGAAACAAACAAACUCGCCAUAACGCAUCAAGAAUCAAAUAGGGUAAUACCAAUGCCGUCCAUGCAGUCCAUGCAAACCCAUUCCCAUGUCCAUACACAUCCUAUUCUGUUCGGUCACGCAUACCUUCCCAUAAGGCUAACAUCCCCCUCAUACCCCACCCCCUGCCCCUGGAACUGCUCAUCCUGCCCCUCCUCGUACUGCUGCUGUUGCUGUUGUUGCUGCUGCUGCCGCUGCUCCUCACUCUCAUUGAUCAUCUGCUGCUGCAACACAAUACUAUACACACUCGCCUUGAGCAGCGUACACACCGUCGCAGUCUUGCGCUCCAGCAGCCGUAACCCAUCAAGCGUCAACGAGGUCGGAUCCCCCGCCAGCCCGGCCAAUUUAUCCGAUAACUAUACCCCGUCAUCGUUAGCAACACCCGUUGAGACUCGUAGCACGUAGCUGGCUAGCUAGUGGGGGUUCUGUCGUGCAAGCCGAGGCGUAGGCGUAGGCGUAGGCGUAGGCGUAGGCGUAGGCGGAGUGUGGACCUACCU